AUGACUCACAUAUGCCACGUAGCCCUCACCGUCCGCAACUACGACGAAGCAAUAGCAUUCUACACAAAAAUCGGCUUCACCCUCGUCGAGGACACGCCCAUCCCCGCACAGUCCAAGCGCUGGGUCACCAUCGCGCCGCCCGGCGCACCCCCCGGCGCUACCACCAUUGUCCUGCAGCAGGCCAACACGGAGGAGCAGCUCGCGUCGGUGGGCAACCAAGCCGGCGGGCGGGUGUUUUUGUUCCUGGAGACGCAGGACUUUGAGGGGGACUACAAGAGGAUGAGUGAGGCGGGGGUGGAGUGGGUGAGGGAGCCGGUUGUGCAGGAGUAUGGGAGGGUGGGUGUUUGGAAGGACUUGUAUGGGAAUCAGUGGGAUUUGAUUCAGAGGACGUAG